AUGGAAUUAUUUAAGCCAGAAGGUUGGUCCAUUGAAACCAAGGUUGAAUUUGCCGGGUUAGGUCCAAAGAAAAGCAAUAGAGAAAAGAGAAAGUCUCGUAAACACAGGCAGGAUAACAAGAUUACCGAAAUCUUGACCGAAGCCGCCACCGCUCAGGCCGAGGAAGCACAGGCCCCAAACGCUGAAGAUGCCAAGUCUGUUAAAGAUCCUAAGGCCAAAAACAACAAGCGUAAGAACGAUGACUCUGAGGCGCCAGCAAAGGUUGCUACUUUAUCUGCUGCUCCUGUCACCAAGUUGACCCCUUUGCAACAGAAAAUGAUGGCCAAGCUUUCUGGCUCCAGAUUCCGCUGGAUCAACGAACAGUUGUACACCAUCACCUCUGCUGAUGCCCUCAAGCUUAUUAAGGAUCAGCCAAUCCUCUUUGACGAAUACCACCUGGGCUUUCGUUCUCAAGUUGCCCAGUGGCCGGAAAACCCAGUUGAUGUGUUCGUGGAACAACUUAGAUUGAGAUCCGAAAGACCGGUGAACGCUCCAGGUGGCUUACCAGGUACGGGCAAGGACAAGCAAGUUAUCAUUGCUGAUAUGGGAUGUGGUGAAGCCCAAUUGUCCCUUGACGUUAUCAACAUGCUGAAGAACGGUGGUAAGACCAAGAAGGGUAAAGGCAACGACAAGAAGGCUUUUAGCAGAAAAAUUAACUUCAAGGUUCACUCCUUCGAUUUAAAGAAGGCCAACGAGAGAAUCACCGUUGCAGACAUCCGUAACGUCCCCCUUCCAGACAAUUCCUGCACUAUUGUUAUUUUUUGUCUUGCCCUUAUGGGUACCAAUUUCCUUGAUUUCAUCAAAGAAGCGUUCAGGAUUCUUGCUCCUCGUGGUGAAUUAUGGAUUGCGGAAAUCAAGUCUCGUUUUAGUGAUGGUAAGGGUCAAGGUGACGAGUUUGUUGAAGCCUUGAAGUUGUGCGGUUUCUUCCACAAGAGCACCGAUGCCGAAAACACUCAUUUCACCAGAUUCGAGUUCUUCAAGCCAUCCUCAGAUGUCUUGGGGGAGAGAAAUGCCAAGUUGGAAAGAAAGAAGAAGUUUAUUGAAGUUGCUACGGAAAAGGAAAACUUGGAGAAAAAGAGAACCAAGAACCCAGAAGGUAACUGGUUGUUGAAGCCAUGCAUUUACAAGAGAAGAUAA